AUGACUUAUUCUUAUGCUACACAAGAUCAUCGAAGCAUUGAUAACAAAGAUGAAUCUGUUCGUCUAUCAUUGAAUUAUUCAAAUGAUGAUUUGUCGGCAUCAAGUAAAACGCCUGAUAUAUCUUCGACAGAACUAUUAGUUAGUAAUUCAUCAAUAUUGAAUGAUCAAAAUCCAGUUUCUAACCCACGUAUUGCAAAAUCAUGUUUUUUAUCAACAUUUAUCUUUUUAAUCAAUUUUAUUUCAUCAAUACUUGUUAUUAAUUUAUCUAAAUGGAUUUAUGUUAAACAUCAUUUUCCAAAUUUAACAUUGACAACAAUGAAUUUUUUUAUUACAUUUCUUCUUUUACUUGUUUGCCUUCAAUUAAAAUUAUUUGCUCACGUCCGCCUACCAAUUCCAAGCAUGAUACCGGUAUCAAUCUGUUUUGGAGGUUUUAUUGCAUUCAGUAAUCUUUCAUUACAAUAUAAUACUGUUGGAACAUAUCAACUUAUUAAACUGCAAGUGACACCAACUGUUAUGCUGGUUAGCUGGUUAUUUUUCAAAGCACAUUAUCCGUUACCGAUUGUGUUUUCUUUUAUGCCAGUUUUUGUCGGAACAUUAAUCAGUACUUAUUAUGAUUUACAAUUUAAUACGUUUGGUCUAUUCUGUGCGCUUAUGUCUGUAUUAUUUACGGCUAUGUAUCAAAUACUUGUUGAACAUAGUCAAAACGUACACAGUUGUAAUGCAUUGCAAUUGUUACUGUAUCAAGCUCCAUUGUCUGGCUUAUUACUUUUAUGUUUUGUACCAUUUUUUGAACCUUUAAAUGAUUUGGAGAAAUUUAUGAAUUACGAUACAAUUCUGCUUAUAUUACUUUGUGGUUUUAUUGCAUUUUUUGUUAAUUUGACUAUCUUUUGGGUUAUUGGUAAUCUAUCGCCUGUUGCUUAUAAUAUGAUUGGACAUACAAAAACUUUAUUGAUAAUAUUAGUUGGUUCAAUCAUAUUUCAUGAAGCACUAAAUAUAAAACAAAUCUUCGGAUUAGGUUUUACAAUGUUUGGCGUAUUUAUUUAUACAUAUUUCAAAUAUAUUAGAAAGCCCACCAAAUGA